CCGAGUUGAUCGGCACGGUUAUCAAACCAAUUGCCGAUCCGGGAUAUUAAUACCGGAUCGCCUUGGAACUUAGGGCUUUACAAUAUGGAGCAGUAUGGACGUCGAAUCCGAUGGGUGGCACUUUGUUGGUCUUGUAUCCUCAUUUCCAGACAUUAGUGAAGACGAAAAGGGCUGCCGAGUCCUGCCUGGGUGCAAGACCCUUGGUAUUCCCAAACCGACGCAUCCGGACAAGCUGAAGACAAAUCGAGUGUCUAAUCUAGAUGAGCAAGUGCUCGUGUUCAAGUAUAAGGGGACUGUGCAUGCCGUUGAUAAUCGAUGCCCGCACUCGGCGUUCCCGCUUAAGCAAGGCACGAUUAUCGAUGUCGAGGACUUUGGCCCUGGAAUUAAGUGCUUUAGACAUGGUUGGAGCUUUGACCUGAUUACUGGCAAGGCAGACCGCGGCCACCACUUGAAGCUUAAUCUGUGGGAUAUCGAGCUGCGGGAUCCUUUGAUAUCAGACGAUGAGAGCACGGGGGAUGAUAAAGAAGUGUGGGUUAAAAGACGAUGAAGAUUUUCAAUAAGAGAUAUAAAUUACAUAA